UAUGGGUGGUCAACAUCGAGCAUGGCCAAACAUCAGAGGUGGUGACCGGAGGAAAUGGUGAAGCAGAGAUCUUGGUGGCUACCACAUCUAGUGGAGAUCUUGGUGAAGCCGUGGGGGCCCUUUGUCAAAUGAUGGAGGAGAACCGCAUGAUGGUGGCAGAGAAUCGUCAAGCCACGGAUGUGAACUGCCAAAUGCUGAUGGAGAACCGUCGCAUGAUGGAUGAGGCUAGGGCUGGUAUUCAUCAAUUAAAUUCUCAAAUUGACUGUCUCAUUCUCGCGUAGAUAGAUGUUUGAGUCACUUGUUCGAAGUAGUUAACGAAAGUACAAAUGAUUUGGAUAAAUUCCGACAGUCCUUAAGUAUACCAGUAGUGCAGUCAAAAGCUUUACCAACAGAUGGCACAAGCCUAACGCCUACUAAUAGUCUUCUUUCUCUCGCCGGUGGCCGGAAUGGCCAACCACGGCAAGCCAACCACCUCCACGUCGUGUAGAUCAUGUUGAGAUUCCAGCUACUGCUCAAGUGGGGGGAGUCGUCAUAUGGACCCGUGGGAGUUGAAGUGGUACCCCCGCGUGGUGAGAACCUCGCCACCAUGUUCAACACUCAAGUUGAGCAGCCACCUAGGCAAGUGGAUACUCGUCCAUCUAUCCCGGAGGCAAGACCCUACGUGGCUCCCAUGAAUUUGGGAGUAGAAGGAGGUCUAGGUGGAAACAUGGAUUAGAUCCCACCACAAGGCUACCUAAUUCCAACGACACCCCUUUUCAAUGGGCAUGGCAUGGAUCCCAUUGGGUUUGUAUCGUAUGGGGGGCAACAAGGGGGCAUGACGCCAACACCCUUAGAGAUCAAGUGCUCAACUCCUCAUGGAGCAGUUUGGCAUGGGAGUAAGACCUUCUAUGCCACUCGUUUACCGAAAGGCAUAUCCUGAAUGGGUAGAUAGGUUUCACCCGUUUCAAAGGGGAUUCAGAGUUCCCAAGUUUUCCACAUUUACAGGGACUGGAGAUCAGUCCACUGUAGAGCACGUUGGACGUUUCACUGUCCAAUGUGGCGAUGUAGGAUAUUUCGUUAAGUUAAGACUGUUCGGCAACUCGUUGACAGGGCCAACUUUUGCUUGGUACGUAAACUUGUCGUCUAACUCCAUCCAGACUUGGCAACAAAUGGAGCAAGUAUUCCAUGCUCAAUUUUAUAGAUCUAAACUCGAGGUUUCCAUGGCUGUCUUGGCACGUAUGCGCCAACAACCAGGGGAAUCGGUGGAGCCUUUCUUGACUAACUUCAAGAAUGCUCGUAACCGUUGCUUUGUCAAUUUGACAGAGAGGGAGUUCGUCAAGCUGGCACAAGGGGGUUUGAGUUUUGAACUAAGGAAGAAAUUCCAAGAUAGGGAGUUCUCUGACUUGUUUCAACUCAUGUAUUGUAUUAUGAGGUACGAGUCUCUUCUACACGAGGAAGAGAAUCUUAGGAGUGCCUCAAGGGGAUCAUACUUCCCAAACUUAGACUAUACCAUCAAUCAUGUUGGCCACGAGGCCAAUGAAGUUGAGGUAGACUUGGCUGAGAUAACUCUAGCGAAGCCAUACGUGUGUGCUUCUUUAUCAAAAGUUGAAGAUGGGCCACAAGGGGAGAGACCCAAUCGUGCGCACAUUCAGCCGAGGAAGUACUCAUUUGAUGUCUCGAAGGCGGACUUGAUUUUUGACAAACUCUAUAAGGAUGGUCAAGUCAAGUUGACAGGGGGACAUGUCUUUCCCUCACCCGAGAAGUUGAAAGGGAAGAAGUAUUGUAAGUGGCAUAAUAGCAUGUCACAUGCCACUGAUGCUUGUGGGGUUUUCUGUAAUAUCUUGCAGGAUUCCAUUGAAAUGGCCGCAUCAAGUUCCCUGUUUCAAAGAAGGAUGCCAUGUUGGUAGACACUGAUCAAUUUCCCAAGUUGCUUGGCGUCAACAUGGUCAACCUAGACUUCUUCAAAGUCGAGUUUCCACGUUUCAAGCUGGUGUUAAAUACAACGACGCCUAGAAGGAGCUCCAAUGUGAUUUUCAAGCAAGGGAGCUCGUCAGGUACCAAGUAGGCCAGCCCGGCCGCAAUGAUGAAUGAUGAAGUUGAGAAGUUGUGUGCUCAGUGCAAGAAGAGUCUCAAGCUUAAGGAAGAGAAGUCGAGAUGUCCAUCUUGAGGGCAUGUGGUGUCCAAGAUGCCACAUCAACCCAAAGCCACACAUAUUUGUGAUAAACAUGAUAAUAUGGCUAAGUAUGGACAAGAGGGCAUGCCACCAAUCAUAAACAGUGGAUAUGGGGGCAAGUCCAACAAGAAAAGACGUGGGAAAGGCAGAGAGAGUUGCCAUAUACUUGCAAAUUUUGGUAAAUAUGGACAAUGGAGCAUGUCACCCACCAUUAGCGAUGACAAUUUCGACCUGACACGAUUUACCCAACUUGUUUAGCUUGUUUUGGGGCGGGGCGGUGCGGGCAUGGGUAUCUCUCAUCAACCCGACCUGCCAUGACCCGCAUCAUUCUCGACCCGUUCUUGCCUAAAUUACAUAUAAUCUUAGUCAAAUCACUUAGCAUUCUCCUCUUAUUACAUUAUAUUUUAGCUAUAAUAAAGUUGUAAGUAAGUGAAAACCUCAAUUUCUUCAAUAAUUUAACUAGAUUUUAUAAUAUUAUGGUUUCUUUCUUGGUCUUUUAAUGAAAAUAACUAAUAUUUCUAAUGUUUUUUACAUAAAUUACAUACCCAUUGGGUCGACCUGCCCGACCCGCGCCCCGUAAUCAAUUACCCGAACUGCUAUGGGGCGGGUAUGGGUAUCCCCCGUACCUGCCCCAUUGCCAUUCCUACCCACCAUGAAGAAUGGAGAGGGGGGGGGGGGGGGGGAAUCUCCAAGAAGACACAACAAGUCAAACCCAUACAUGAAUUUGUUAAGUGUGAGACCAUAGACAAGGGUGGACAGGGGGCAAGUCCAUGUCCAUGAGUAGUAAGUACUUAUCACCAACCACAAAUGGUGAAUGAGGCAUGCAUAAGAAGUCACAGUACACACCAACCAAACAUGGUCCCAAAAGAGCCAAUGGUGGUUGUGUGCUAAGUGUAGGGUUCAACAAUGUUUGAACGUCGAAAGACAAAGUCAAGGAAAUGGAGGAACAAUUGAGGAAAUCAAAACGCAAAACUUAAUUAAGUUAUCAGGUAAAUUAACUGAGUUGUCCUUCCGUAAAAUCGUCACAGGCCAGAAAAUUCAAAACGCUGGAAAUCCAACUCAUUAUAUAUUUUAUAGAUAGAUAUUCAAAUGUUCAAUUUAUAGAAUUCCAAAAAUAGGGUUAUGCGAAGAGGAAAACCGAAAAAAGCACAUUUUACAAAGCAAAGAAAAAAAACGAUGCCGAUGACCUCAAACCUAGUAACCUUGCAACGUGUCAACCCGACGAUCAUGUGUAGCUCAUUUUGCUUGCUGAGUCAGAGUCAAAAUGAGUCAACCAACAGGUUGACAACCUUGAUGAUUUAAAAGGAUGAGAUAGGUUAGAGAUGAGUUUUUAAUAGAUAUGUGCAAGACAA